AUGUUAAGUUUAAAUGACUAAUAAAAUUAAGUUAUUUCUUGUGGACAUGAUAAUUUAAUUUUAAUAAUUGAAUUUUCAAAUAGAAAUUGGAAUGUAAUUUAAAAAGUUAAAGCUGAUUGUAUUGGACGUCAAUUAUGCUUUAUCAAUAAUAAUCAAUUUACAUUUAAACCAAAAUCAGGCAAUUUGAUGCAUAUCUAUGAGAUGAAUAGUGUAACUAAAUAAUUCACAAAAACUAAAGAUAUUAUUAUUAAUCAAGGUGAUGAUUGUCAAAUAUUAUUUCCGUAAUAAUAUCUUAAAUAAAAAUAAGUAUUAACUAAUAGACACGAUAAAUUUGACAAUUUUAUAAGAAAAACACAAAAUGGAGAAUUUAGACUUGAGUAAUCUAUUCUAUUUGGUUCUAAUUCAAUAUUUGGGCCAUUAAGUGAUGAAGAAAACUAUUUGAUAACUUGGAAUGACUCAUCAAAAGAAAUAUAAAUUAGGAAAUACAAGGAAGAAUGA